GGCGGGGUCUCUGGUUGAACAGGGUGAGGGUGUGUGUCACGUAUCGGCGGUGUCGGGCGUGGGUCCAGGUUAUUAGCGCUGUAAGUUGGUAAAUAAAGCCCGGCGGCCGCAUGAGCAGGUGAAGCCCGAGUGCGCAGCGUGUCUCGGAUCAUCCACGGAGUCGAUUUUAACCUGGCCGAAGACAUGGAGCUGGUUCGUCGGCUGCUGCUGGCGCACUGCGCCGCCCACACCCUGUCUGUGAUAGCGGGCCUGCUGGUGGUCGUGCCGCUGGCGCUGAACGGCUCGGCGUUUAAAGGGCGGUGUGCGCUGUUCAGCCGCGGCUUCUGGCGGACUGAGAACCUGAGUGUGGGCGGGCAGGCGGAGGAGGUCACGCACCUGGUGGUGCAGGAGUGGGGACCCCCGGCGGCCUGUCAGUUCGCCACAUUUGUUGGGGUGUUUACCGUGCUGUACGGAGCUACGCAGAGCUGGAGGAGCCUCUUCUACCUCCACCGCCGGCAUGACGACACCUUGUUCUCAGCCUUUCUCACACUGCUGCUGAGCCUGUGUCUGCUUUUCCUUUCUGGAGGAGCCAGUGUGACCCUCACCCUCGGCCUGGUGUCCUGGUGCAACACUGUAACUGACCAGAACACUCGACCAUACAGCUGUGCUGAGUCGCAGUCUGUGCCCCUCUAUCUGGAUGUGGAAACUUCCUCCUUCUACUCAGAGCUAACCUGUGCACAGAUUGCUCUGUGGUCUGUGACUGCUCUGUGGCUGACUCACUCCAUCCUGUCCUUCCUGAGGCUCUACCACUCCCACAGUCAGCAGAUCAGUGGACCAUGUCUGUCCAGAGAGAAGGAGCUCCUUCUGGGCCAGCCUCACGUAGAGUGCCCCCUUCCUUGCCAACACGCUCACUCCCCACAAACACCUGCUGUUUUCAUUUAGUUGGGUAGUCAACUGAUUAAGCUCUGAUCCAGUGAUGAUCCAAAUUUCUUCUGUAGUUGGUCAGGUUAGGUUAAGAGUAGGAGAACACUUAAGGCCAAAGCACGCUGACCAAAAAAAACACACCUACUAACAUCCACAUUCUACUGCUGGCUAAUUUUUUUAUUUAUUUUUUAUUUUAAUAUUUAGAAAAGAAACUGAUAAACCAACUAACAAGUAAGUGGUGGAAUUGAAUUGAGAAAUAACAAUGAGUGUUUUAUAUGCACUCCAAAAAAGUUCAUAAUUUUAUUAUUUAUGUAAUCAUGUAAACAGCAUACUUCUGUUAUCAUAUUUCCCAGUGCAUGUAUACUCAGCACAUAUGUGGAAACAGAUCAUGGUACUGGAAAAGAGCUAGCCAACUUAAUAAACUUGAUAUAUUGAUUAGAUUACAGACAAACGGCAAUGUCUUGUAUUAUAUAAUCAUAAUCGACUAUGAUGUGCAUUUAAGUGCACUUAAUGUCUUCUGAGAAGGAUUUUGCAAAACAUUGUGACUUUGUUCUAGAAAUCUAGCGUAGUUCCAUUCACACUGUUCCACAACAUUGUGCUAGUGCUGAAUUUCCCCAGUUUACCAAACAUCACAUACAAAUCAAGUGUUCCACCAUCUUUGGCACAUGUUCAGUUAGUUUAUCAGUUUUUUUUUUCCAAACAAAUAAAAAAAAACAUCUGCCAGGACUAGAAUGACUAAAUUGUUUUUUAUAUUUUGGUCAUUGGAUACAGUACAAGUAAGCGUUUUCGAUACAAAAGGGAUAGGAAAGUUCAGCUUUUGACUGAAGCUUCUUUUAGUAUUAUUUUCGUAUCAUGUUGUUGCACUGCAAACUUUAAACACUUAUUUGGUCAUGCAUGUCUGUGAAGUACAGUGAAAACACCUAAGAAAGAAACCUCAUUAUAAAUUAGCUUUAAAUAUUGUUUACAUGAAGUAGAUUAAACGGGGUACUUUACACAUGACUGUUGCUUAUGUUUGUAAUGUUCAGUUGUAAUCUUUUGCACACAAAGUCAAGUUUUAAGCUAAUUUUUACCUGUAGUUUUAGUAAUUUAGUGUCAGUGUUGUCACUAAAUGAGAGUAUUCUUACUUUUUGAAGAAGGAUGGGUUUAGCAUCUCUCUCGCAGCCCACAGGUGAAGUAUUAAGACGUCAGGAGUUAUGUAUGAUAUGAAGUAAAAUGAGAAGGAAGACUAGCAUGCAGCAUGUGCUCAGUUCAGACUCAUACUUGCUUUAUGUAAAGAUGCAGGGUUACACAUGUCUGCAUGCUCCUGAAUGUACAGGUGUACUAACCCUACACACUCUCCACUGUGUGAAAGUUUUUCAUAUGACGCUGUUUGUGUAGAUACAGCUGCUGAGGGAAACACCCAAUGAAUGUAAUUCAGAAGGUGACUUCAAUCAGAGAGGGGCUUGUAAUACCACCCAGAAGGAAUUUAAAGAAUGUCCUUACUUCCCCUUUAACCUCUGACCUCUAAGAGAUGUGGGUGGCUGUGGUGACACACGGAUAGCUGAGCGAGAAACUGGAGAUAUUGAGUGAGAGAGAGAGAGUAGGUUUGGUGUAUGUAAAUGUGAAUGUUGCCAAUGCUAAUGUUUUAUACUGCUGUUUGUAUCUGUAUUGAACUAUUUAUAUGAAGUUGUGACCUCUUAAUGAAAAAUAAUAAAGCAUAUAAGAUGACUUGCUA